AAGGGUCGUAGCUCUAGUUGGGAACUGACUAGAGGAACGGAAAAUGGCGGACCUCGAAGACGUUACGCUGGACGGGAGAUCGCUUCAGUCCCUCCGUGUAGCGGACUUAAAAGCAGCUCUGGAGGAAAGAGGACUGUCGAAAAGUGGACAGAAGAAUGCUCUCAUCAAAAGACUCAAGGGGGCUCUCAUGCUGGAGAAUUUGCAAAGAACCUCCACUGCUAAUAUCGGACUGCAGCCAAACUCUCAGAUUGGUGAGGAAAUGAGCCAGAACAGUUUUAUUAAGCAGUAUCUGGCUAAGCAACAGGAGCUCUUGAGGCAGCGUCUUGAGAGGGAGGCUCGGGAAGCGCAUGAAACGAAUGAGCAAGAGGGCCACAGAGACGUUAACAACAGCACAUCUUGUCCUCCUCCUGCACAGGAUGUAACACCAUCUGUGCAGCAUAAGCCACCUGGCCCUUCUGACAGGGAGAUUGGUUCUGUGAAUGCAGCACCGGACAACAGGAAUCAGGAGGCUGAUGUGUCUAGUCCUCCUGCUUCUGCCUCUGCAGCCAUGCGGGUUCCUGGCGGUGAGCAGCGGUCAGAGCGAGGUUCUGCUUCCAGUGAGGUUGCAGGUGACAGUGAUGAUGACGACAGUGAGGGUGGUGAUGAUGAUGACUGGGGCAACAACGCGCCAAGGAGAAACCUCAGAGAGCCUCCCAGAGUUCCCACCUUAAGGGAGAGGUCAGGUGCACCACGUCAACCCCAACAACAGCACAUCCCUUCCCUUUUGUCUCCUCAGCUGCGUCAGCCUACACCUCCUCCAUCUCCACCUCCAGAGUUAUCAUUCCCCUUACCUGACACCCCUAAGCAGAGCCCACCCAGCCCCCCUGCUGCCUCAGCCAGACACUCGCCCAGUUCGUCUAGCUCUGGUUCCUCCAGCAGCGGCAGUCGCAGUAGCAGCCCAGAACCACAGAGGAGUGGACGUGCUGAGCGCAAGCCUGGUCCACUGACUCUUCUGGCACGUAAAAUGGAGUCAGAAGGAGCUUUCUCUGGAGCUGGUUGGCCUGGCGCUGAUGGUGAAGUUGAUAGGCAGGACAGCAGUUCACCUUCAGCAAAAUUGUUUCCUGGCAGAGCACCUCCAGAGGGUCUGGUUUCCGCUAUCCCACACACAGCCAACACUGUCAGCCAUGUACCCUUUCCCAUUAUUCCCAGCACCCAUCAAGGUGUCACGCUUAUGGCCCAUAGCCAACUACCUGUAAGUGUGCUUAAGGCCACUGCAGCAGAGGAGAGAGACAGAGAGUCCGAGAUAGAAGGAGCACUUGAGCUAGAAAGGCAAGAAAAUAUGAGAAAACGUGAGGAAGAACGAGCGGCAAAAGAAGAGCAAGAAAGAGCCAUUGCACAAGAGAAAGAGGAACGAGAGCUUGCUCUAGAGAAAGAGAGGCAGGAGAGAGAACGAGCAUUGUCUAAAGAGAGAGAGGAGCAUAAGAGGGCCAUAGAGCUGGCGAAGGAGAAGGAACUCGAAAGACAGAGAGCCUUGGACGAGGAACGACUGCAGAGAGAAAGAGAGGAGAAAGAGAAGUGGGAAAGAGAGGAAAAAGAGAGGUUAAUGGAGUUAGAAAAAGCCAAGGCUUUAGAGCAAGAGAAGGCUCUAGAAUUAGAGCGGCUAGAGCGGGAGAAGGUUAUAGAACAAGAGCGGAUAGAGCGAGAGAAGAUUCUAGAACAAGAGCGGCUAGAGCGGGAGAAGGCUCUAGAACUAGAGCGACUAGAGCGGGAGAAGGCUCUAGAACAAGAGCGGCUAGAGCGGCUAGAGCGGGAGAAGGUUCUAGAACUAGAGCGACUAGAGCGGGAGAAGGCUCUAGAACAAGAGCGGCUAGAGCGGGAGAAGGUUCUAGAACUAGAGCGGCUAGAGCGGGAGAAGGUUCUAGAACUAGAGCGGCUAGAGCGGGAGAAGGCUCUAGAACAAGAGCGGUUAGAGCGGGAGAAGGCUCUGGAACUAGAGCGGGAGAAGGCUCUAGAACUAGAGCGACUAGAGCGGGAAAAGGCUCUAGAACAAGAGCGGCUAGAGCGGAAGAAGAUUCUAGAACAAGAGCGGCUAGAGCGGGAGAAGGCUCUAGAACAAGAGCGGCUAGAGCGGGAGAAGGCUCUAGAACAAGAGCGGUUAGAGCGGGAGAAGGCUCUAGAACUAGAGCGGCUAGAGCGGGAAAAGGCUCUAGAACAAGAGCGAUCAGAGCGGGAGAAGGCUCUAGAACUAGAGCGGGAAAAGGCUCUAGAACAAGAGCGGUUGGAGCGGGAGAAGACUCUAGAACUAGAGCGGCUAGAGCGGGAGAAGGCUCUAGAACUAGAGCGGCUAGAGCGGGAGAAGGCUCUAGAAUUAGAGCGGCUUGAGCAGGAGAAGGCUCUAGAACAAGAGCGGCUAAAGCGGGAGAAGGCUCAAGAACAAGAGCGGCUAGAGCGAGAGAAGGCUCUAGAACAAGAGCGGGAGAAGGCUCUAGAACAAGAGCGGCAAGAGCGAGAGAAGGCUCUAGAACAAGAGCGGCAAGAGCGAGAGAAGGCUCUAGAACAAGAGCGGCUAGAGCGAGAGAAGGCUCUUGAACAAGAGCGGCUAGAGCGAGAGAAGGCUCUAGAACAAGAGCGGCUAGAGCGAGAGAAGGCUCUAGAACAAGUGAAGCUAGAGCGAGAGAAGGCUCUAGAACAAGAGAGGCUGGAGAAGGAACAGGCUCUUGAGGCUGAGAGGAAGGAGAAGGAAAGGAUUGAGAGAGAUAAAGCUCUUGAGCUGGAGAGGUUGGAAAAGAAAAGAUCUGAGAGGGAGAGAGCCUUGGAGCAGGAGAGAAUGGAAAAGGAGAGAGCAUUGGAGAGAGAGAGAAUAGAGCGUGAGAAAGCUGCAGAGUUGGAGAGGAUUGAAAGAGAAAAAGCUCUAGAGCAAGAAAGAAGAGAAAAAGAAGAGAGGGAGGAAAAUGAGAGUGCAGAGAGACAUACGGCAGUGGAGAAGGAGAGGGAAAAGAACGAAAGAACUGAGGAGAGGAAAGAAUGGAUAAAAGGGGAGAAAGCUUUAGAGCAGGAGAAAAGUGAACAAGUAAAGACUCUGGAGAAAGACAGGAAGGAGAAAGAGAGAGCUUUGGAGCAAGAAAAGGAUCGAGUUCUUGAAAAGGAAAUGUUAGAGAAGGAGAAAGCACAGAAAAAUAAGGAGAAAAGACCAACUGAUGUAGAGCUGGAGGACAUCCAUGCUCCAGUGUCCCAGACACCCGAGUCUGGGACAACUCCAUUGUCUUUACACUCAACAUUUAAAAAGUUUCGGUUUUUAAGGGACUCCCCUGUUCAGGCCAAGUCCUCAUUUUCUUCUUUGGCUGUUAAGCGGCCCCAUACCUUCUCUGAUAGCCCCCAGCCUCAAACCUCACCUGUGUCCUCAUUCACCAGCAUUGGGGAUGGACAGCUUGUAGGACACCAAACCUCUAUUGAGCAAGAAAAUCCUCACACUCCAUUAAAUCAGGAGGUUGGUGCGGCUUUAGGCUCCACAACAACCCAAACUGAGAAAAUCUCUGAUGGGAAAACUCAAGACCAGAGUCUAAAAGAAGAAGAGACAACAAACCUCGUUUUGGUUGGGAAGUCUGUCGCAGAGUCCGUCACAAGUGCAAAAGCUCUGGGCGAAAGAAGGGAUGCUUCAGAACCGAGGGGAAGAAAUGCAAAACAGUAUGAAAAACAAGCAAGACUGAGGUCAUCAUUUAAUGAUUCUUCUUCCUCGGAAUCUGAUUCUGGGACAACAUCAUCAUCUUCGCGAUCAUCUGGUUCAUCUGCAUCUUCUCAAGAGAAAACACAUUCCUCCUCUAGAUCCCGACAGGAGCAGACACGGAAACGCGAUUCCUCACCACUGCACACGAAGACGACAGAGGCCAACACUAAAGUUGUAAAGCAAAGUGCUAAAUCUUCCCGAUGGGGCAAAGAGAGGAAUAACUCUGCUGAUAGAGAGGCUGACACUGUGAAACAGGUUACCGGGACAACAACUACAGAAGACCCACCUAAGAAGAGAAAAAAGAGCGAGGAAAAAGAGGAAAAAGACAAUUCACGGCAGCUGAAGGACACAGCCAUGGCAGACCCAGACAAGCAUUCAGGGACCAGUGAGGAGACACCAAAGGCGUUCUCAGCUCGUAAAAUCUCUCUUGGCAGCACUAAGUCGUCUCCUGGCACCGGCAGUGGGGAGGGUGAGCAGGAGUCUGGGCCUGUUUCUGGUCGUAAGAGGAGGUGGGGCUCCAGCACAGCCGUCACUGCCAAGAAACCUUCCAUCAGCAUCACCACUGAUUCCCUGAAGUCUCUGAUUCCUGACAUCAGACCGCCUUUAAGCCAGGAGGCAGUAGUAGACCUCCAUCCUGAGGAAGCUGCUCUUUCUGGAGCUGAGGAUGAAGAGCAGGAGCACUUACAAGACCAGAACCUUCAGAUCCAACGCACCGUCACACAGGUGGUGCACGCCGAAGAGAAUGGGCAGAAAGAGGCAAAGAGGAUCAGGUGUGAAGAGUUGGAAGAAGAGGAUUCACCUGUAGACCAGGAACCAGUAAAGUCCCACGAAGAGCAGGUGGACACAUCCAUCCCGGAAGCUGUGGAAACCCCAUCACCAACGGAGAUGAGCCAAGAUGUGGAAACCAGCACUGUGACCCCAAGGGAAACACACAUUCGCAGAUCCAUCAGCCAGCAGAAAGCAGGCGUGCUCGUCACCAUCGACGAUCCGGUUCGUACCGCCCAGCAGCCCUCGCCCCCCCGAGGAAAAGUCUCCAGCAUCGUUCACAUCUGCAACCUGGUGAGACCGUUCACACUCGGACAGCUGAAGGAGCUUCUGGGCAGAACUGGAACUCUACUGAACGACGGUUUCUGGAUUGACAAAAUCAAGUCCCACUGCUACGUUACGUACUCGAGUUCAGAGGAGGCAGUGGCUACUCGGGCGGCUCUUCAUGGUGUUAAAUGGCCGCAGAGCAAUCCUAAAGUCCUUAGAGUAGACUUCUGCGAGCAGGACGAGUUGGACUUCCACAAAGGUUUGGGUGCAGCAGAGCGGCCCGGAGGAGAAGUAGGACCUGCCACCGGGCGCAGCUGGACAUCCGGCCUGCCCUCUCUUCUCCCCGAACAAAACCAGUGGGUCGAACGCGAACGGGAGAUGGAACGUAGAGAGCGGGCCCGAGCAGAGCGGGAGUGGGAUCGGGACAAGGUGAAAGAGUUCGGGAAGCCCGGAGAGGAGAAAGGUCCUCGAAGGUCACGCUCCAGGGAGAGGAGGCGUAAGGAGAGAGGGAAGAGCAAGGAAAAGAAGAUGGAAAAGAAGAGCGAGGAACCUCCAUUAAAGCUCAUCGAUGACUUGUUCCUUAAAACUAAAGCAGCUCCUUGUAUUUACUGGCUUCCGCUUACGGAGGAGCAGCAUCUUCAGCGCGAAGCGGGCCGGGCAGAACGGAGGAAGGAGCGCGAGAAGCAGCGGAAACAGCUAGAAGAGGAGGAGGAAAAGCAAAGAGAAGAGAAGCGGAAGGAGAGGAUGAAAGCUGCUGAGGGCGCCACAACGGGAGAUCGGAGCGAGGGUGAGAAGGACAAGGACAGGGACAAAGGUAGAGACAGAGUACGGGAAAGGGAGAGAGACCGGGAGAGGGAGAACGACAAACGCAGGGACGGCUACCGUAGACCAGGAGGCAGCUCGGCUCGCCGCUCACGCAGCCGGAGCGAACCGAGAGAAAGGAGGCGCUGAAGGCCCGUGGAACUGUCCUGGAGACCACCUUCUCUCAUUUGCCUUCACUACAUGUACUUUGUUAAAUCAGAGACCCAACAGAGGACCAAUCGAUGUCGUUUCCAUCUAAAAAAACAAAAUCACUUCUUUUUUAGACGCAUCUUCCAGCUCCAGUCAUGCUUCAGAAGACCAUGAUCUUUGCAUUGUUGUUUUUCCAAAGUCUUUCGUCUCGUCCACUUUUGUUUUUCCCAUCAUUUGCCAAUCGUUUGUUCCAUUUCUGUCCCAAACUCAUAGCAGUAUGAUGCACUGGGUGACUUCAGAUGACCCCAAAGCCUCUGGUUCUUCAGAACGUGGGUGCAGAUUACGGGAGGUUGAGUCUUUGGGGUAAAAACUCUGCCGGUCGGUGAGGUUUGCUUUUGUUGCUGCAUGUGGUUUGAAGCUAGCCCCACCAGCCCUGAGCAGAGGCUCGCAGAUGGCAGAAGAUAUUGGAAUAGUUUGGCGUUUUGUACAGAUCUAUAAGAAUAUUCAAAGUAAGUCUUUAAAAAAAAGUAAGGCAGCUCUAGGGUGUUUUUCACUUGGCGUGUAAAAACUACUAAGGCGAUGCAGUGUUCCUCUUUCUCUGUUAAGAGAUGAAUAAUUCUCUGUGGAAGAGAAGACGUCACCAUUAUGAUUAUCUCCCAUCCUCUGUUGCCCCUUCAGUUCCCUGAGAGGGCGGGUUGCUUUAUGUGUCCUCCCAUCAAUUGUUUUAAUAUUGUUUUUUUAAUCGUUAUUUUAUCAUUUUAGUACAAAAUUUCUUUUUUUGUUUUGUUUUUAAUGUCUUUGAGUACGCCCAUCAGUGGUGAAUGUACAAAUAAUAAAAAUUGAAGUUUGAAA